AUGUUGGCGUACGUUUCCCGACUGCGGGAGGUCAAUCCAAUUUUGAAUGCGGUAGCUGAGGACUAUGGCGAAAAAGCUUUAAACCGUGCUCAAGAAAUCGACGUAAUUCUGCAAAAAUCCUCUGAGGACGAGCGUCAGGAAAUUUACAAAAAGCAACCGCUUCUUGGCAUUCCCUUUACCUGCAAGGAUCUAUAUGACAUUGAAGGUACAAAGACAACUUGGGGAACAUGGAACCGCCGUGAUAAUGUUUCGAAUCAUACCCAUGUGGUAAUCCAAACGAUGAUCGAUGCUGGGGCGAUACCUCUGGCAAAAACGACGGUACCAGAAGGAUGUGUAUUUAUCGAGUCGGUCAAUCCAAUUCAAGGGACUACGAAUAAUCCGUAUGAUACAAGAAGGAACGCUGGUGGGUCCAGCGGUGGUGAAGCCGCUUUGAAUGGGGUCUACGGCUUUAAGCCGAGCGUUGGCGCUUUUCCUAAAGCUGAUUUGGUUGGAAAUCCGGUUGAGCCCCUGUGGAACUGUUUUGGGCCAUUAUGUCGGUAUGCAGAGGAUGUGGAGCUGAUGCUCAAGCUGUUCUGUACUGGUGAACGGUCUUCGCAUGUUAAAUCAGCUGAACAUUUUGUGAUCAAAGACUUUUUGGUGCCGAUUGACAUCCCAACCCCGUGGAUAGCCAAGAAUACUGCGGAAAAUCAGAAAAUAGCCGGCGAGGUAGCUAAAGUUCUAUCAGCCGAAUAUGACGUUCCCGUGGGGACGAUCGACGUUUCACCGAUGAAAUCCGAUUACAUUGAUGUUUAUAUUGCAAAUUAUGAUGCUUAUCCGACAAAGCAAAAUCUACCGGAAGCGCUGAAAUCUCGAAUGUUGGCCGCCGGGAAAAAAAAUUUCCAUGCCAUCACCGAGAUACCUAAAUGGCUCCUAGGAAAAUCAAAGCACUACCUAGCUGCGAUUCUCCUAUUCCAUUUUUUCAAACGAAAAUAUACAGAUACUGAACGCGAUCUGUAUGUCCUAAAACUCGAAAAGCAAAUAGUACAUUUUCGAAAGCUGUUAUCUAAUAAUAAAUUUAUUAUUCAACCGAGCUGGCCGAACCUAGCCGGAUUUCACCAUGCGGAAUUAUCAACGCCAAGCCUGGGACACACCGCAAUCUACAACCUCCUGGAUUUGCCAGCCAUUGCUUGCCCUGUUGGUUUAAAUGAUGGUGGUCUACCACUUUCCGUUACGGUUAUUGGGCCCUACGGCAGCGAGUGGAAGCUUCUAGAAAUCGCGAAAAAAUUGGAAGAACUGUACAGCGGAUGGAAAGAGCCGGGAAGCAAGAAACAUCAU